AUGCUCCCGGUUCCGCGGUUCCCGAAGGCCAUACUGGCAGCAUCAGCGCUGGCGCUUCUGCUCCUCUUCUUCUCCAGACCGGGCGGCAAAAACAACGACAUCACAACAAACACCGCAGACCUUCCGUGUCAAAAUCUGCCUGGAGCAGAUGAUGUCCUGGUCAUUAUGAGGACUGGCGCUACGGAAUUGGCGGAUAAGCUCACUAUGUCCUUUUCCAGUACCUUCCACUGUUACAAGCAUCUCCUCAUUUUCUCCGAUUACGCGGAAAUCUACGAGGGCCACCAGAUUCAUGAUGUGCUCAUCGACGUCCCCGAUGUGAUUAAAAAGGUACAUCCGGAUUUCGUGCAUUACAACAGAGUGGCUGAGAUUGGCCGGGAGAAUCUCAGUGCCUCUGAAUUAUCCGGAAAUGUUAGCUGGGAGAGUGGACCUAUCGGCAAGAACUACAAUGCUGGAUGGCGUUUGGACAAAUGGAAAUUUGUUCCCAUGAUUAAUGCUACCGCGCACAUGUAUCCCGAUAAGAAAUGGUAUGUGUUUGUCGAACCAGACACAUAUCUCGUGUGGUCCAACUUGUUGAAAUGGCUAUCAUCGGGAAUCGACCCUGCUCAACCUUUCUAUUUUGGCAGCGAGGUCCAAAUUGGCGACGACAUAUUCGCACAUGGUGGCAGUGCGUUUGUGCUCUCUCAACCCGCAGUCAAAAUGGCCGCCGAUCGUUACCAGCAUCACGAACAAGAGGUUCUGGACUUCACCGCCACUCACUGGGCUGGGGACUGUGUUUUGGGGAAAGUCCUGCGCGACGCGGGCGUGGACCUCACCUUCAGUUGGCCCAUGUUUCAGGGCGGCAAUCCAGCACUCCUGGAAUGGGAGGAAGAAAAGGGAGAUCAGAGACUUUGGUGUGCGCCUGCGAUGUCGUAUCAUCAUGUCAGUCCGCAGGAAAAAUUACGUCUGUUCGAAUUUGAGCAGAACUGGAUCAGAGCACAGCAGCCCAUUUCCUCGACUUCCUUUGCAAAUCCAUCUCCGGAGACCAUCUUACACCACCGCGACCUGUUCAAGUCGUUUCAGCGCCCGGAAAUGACAGCGCACGAGAAACCAAACUGGAAUAGUGCACCUCCCCAUGACGUCGACACUGAUGACUGUCGCCAAUUCUGCCAACUGGACUCGGAUUGCCUAACCUACACUGUGGGCCCAGAAGGUUGUACAAUUGGGAAAGGGCUGCGAUUAGGUCAGUAUAAACCGGGAUUUACAUCUGGUUGGAUGCUAGACAGGAUCGACGCGGCCGUUGCCAGUCUAGAUUCAUGCACGGGCUCAGGCUGGGUGGCCCCUUGAACGUUCGACAAAUCGUACGGGGCGGCAUCAUAGAGCAGCUCAGACUGCGACAUCUCAACAUGUGACUGCCAUGAGGGAUGGCUGCGAAUGAAGGAGGUCUUCAGGGCAGCCUCAAGGGAUCGCCUCAACUCUAUCUGGGGACUCAUCACGUGUAAUGGUUGAACUUCAUGCCAUCGCUCUCGAUUGUGACAUCCUCGAAGUGGGUGUCUUCAGUGACGGAGGGUCCCUUCGGCCCAGUAUCACAAAUGGACCUAGGUUUGCAGCAUCUACACAUUCAGAUCAUGCGACAUUUCAUUCGGAACUUGCUGUUCAAGUCGAACAACGUUCUCUUCUGCGGAACCUUGGUCCGCGCCGGCACGCACGGGUUUCUUCUCCUCCUGAAGCACGGCUCCCACACAUGGCAUCUGAAAAGGCAUGCUUCACUUUGCCCAAGUUGCUAUAAUCUCGCUUCCCGAUGUUCCCGGCACCCUGCGAAACAGAGCCCCCUUCAAAGAUGUGGCGACAUCAGCUUCUUGGACAUCUCCUCGGUAUAGUCGCUCCCUGCGCAUUCGGUCUUCAAGAUGGGCCGCAUCUUGUUCACACGAACGGUAUACCACAUUUCCUUCCGAUCACCACCCAGCUCGCCACCGAGCACCUUUUGCUUGAGUUCGGUCAGGAAUGCGUGGUAAGGCAUUGGGUGCUCAUACUCCUCGCACGUCUCUCUCAUCACGCGGACUCCUUCGAUCGCACUCCCAUACGCCGAUCCGCCCACAGAAUGCUUAAUCCAGUCGAAAAUCACAAAUUUGAGUUGCUUACACGCGUCCUCGAUCUGUUCAAGGCCAUCUGCUGCUUCGACCAUUUGCUUGAACUCUGGAAUUGCAUUCUUGGGAUCUAUUCUCUUGCCCUUCCUGGCGGGGUCGUGGGCAAGGAGGGCUGCAACAUCGAGAUCAGAUAGCGGCUUGGAUGUUUCCUUGCGAUUCCAUCGCUUGCCGCGAGCCUUGGGAGGUACCUUCUUCACCUCUCCCGCUUUGAUGACCCGCUCCAGAGCAGGCUUUGCCUUUUCCGCGAGAUCUUCAGGAGGGUGAGAAUACUUGUGAAUGAUGGGUCGAGCUUCGGGCGGAUCCGCUUCGGGAAAGAUCGCACGAUGCCGGAUAACAUGCUGUAAGCGAUGCAACUUCGGGGCGUACGUAUCGUCGAGAGCGCCAUACUCGAUGCUCUCUCCUUCGUCGUUGGUGGUAGCGUGGGACAGAUCCAUAGCGUCGACGUAGUCGCUCAUGGCCGACAUCAGAUCGUCAUUGGGCAGAUGGCGGUGCACCUUCAACGACUUUCCCGACACUGUGAGUACCCGAUCCAAAGGAGGGAACUUGUAAUUUCUCACGUCUUCUGCAAAGGGCAGCUCGACAUCAUAUAGACACUCAAAAUCUGGCUCGAUAUUCGGUACCAGCAGCAAGAGUUUCGGAUUGCUAUUUUCCUUUGCUACAAAACGUGCAAUGGCAUACGAAUCCAGUUCGUACAGUGCGCGGAUUAACGACGACAGCGCCAUCGAUGCCUUCUCGUCCGCUUUCUUGGACACGGUCAUGUACGCGCGCGAGAGGUCGAGAUACUGUCGAUAGUGAUCCUUGUGCACGAACCCCACCACGUCCAAACCAGGUAGUGUCUCGAAUGCAGUGACAUUACGAUCGCUUUCGGAGAUGUGGACGGCUGUUCUGCCAUAUUCGUAUCCUUGCGCCAGUUCAUCUCGUCCAACGUCUUUUUUGCCACCGGGCGCGUUUUCGUCGUGGACUUGAUAUGUUCGUGCCAUGCGUACUGCUGAAAGACUGUUGGUAUUAUUAUUAUUAUUAUUACUGUCGUCGUUUUGCGGCUGUGUGAAAUUUUGACUACUGGCACCACCAUGUCGAACGACAAACGCGCUCGAGCUUGGAACUGUCGCUUUCAUGAUCUUGGGAUAUCGUUCCACGCUGAUCGUGAAAGCGUCAUCGUACAGUUCGGGGUUUCCCAACGUCAGGAAACCACGAUAGCCCGCUGUGGGCCGGACAGACUUGAUUCGAGGCAUUUGCAGCUCGUCAUGGGCUUGUAACAUGGUGCCAAAGGUGCCAUUGCAGUCUUCGCAUAAUGUGCGUAAGAGGACUUCGUUCUCGGCCUUGAUCGGGUCCUUGUCUUCUUCCUUGAAAUGAUGGUAAUCUGGAUCGUCAAAGUCGACUCCUAGCACAAUCAGGUGGAUUCCGUCUUCGACAAUCUUCUUCUUGAUCUCUGGCAACAUGUCGAUUUCCAUUCUCCCGCGCCCGUCGGUGAUGAGAAUGAUGGUGCGCACAUAUUGCAGUUUCUUACAUGUCUCGUGCAGCUUCUGCACAGCGAUGACCAGCGCGUCGAUGGCGUCUCCCUUUGUGGUGCGACUGACGUGCAACUUAUCCCGAAGUCGUCGGACAUCCGGCAUUAGGACUUGGCUGAUGUCGUGCAGGACACUGACAUUCCGGUAGUUGUCGUCGUCGGCCCAUUCAUUGUUGCUUUCAUCUGUACGGAGGCCAAUCACGCCGGCCAUGGCUGUCUUCCGACCGCUGGCGAUGGUGGUGGUGAGCUUGUCCCAGAAAUAAUCCAAGGCCCAGUCCAGGUUGGAUCGUGUCCGGUCAUGGCGGCUCUUUUCGCCCAUUGUCUGACCGACAUCGACAAUGUAUACGGUGGCUUCUUUUGAUGCCAUCUUGGAUCGCAGGGCAGGGCAGACGGUGGUACGCGCAGACGACGAUGGUGCAUUAUAUUUGCAUGUUCGGCGACGGGAUACCUGUAGGCGCCUACCGCCCUGUGGUUGCCUACUUGCAUGGGGAUGGUACAAUACGGUCAAUACCGGGAUUCGUUAUAAUUGACUCCGCUCUGGUACACUAGUGGGUUUAGCCGUAAGGCACGAUAUGUAUCUACUAAA